AUGAGGCUCUACCUCCUCCCCGUCUCGACGAGACGCACCCUCCUCUACGCCAGCCGCUUCGUCAACCCAACAUCGCCAUCGUCAGCCUCAACCACGGCCUCAGCGCCCCCCUCUGCCAGCCCCAGCUCCAGCACCCCGUCCAGCUACAUCGAUCGCGGCGCCGACUUCGCCGCCCGCAAAUGGGCCCAAUGGGAAAAGAUGGAGCGCGGCUGGCAGCGCAAAGUGGUUGACUACGGCAACCACGCCUUCCGCCGCAUCCCCUUCCAGGAGUGGGGGCUCAAGUCUGUGCCGCCGCUGUCAGCUCGGCGCCGUAACGACGAGCUGCGGGGCCGUGAUAAGGUCGAGCUGGUCUUUCCGCCAGCGGCGAUUCCGGAGCACAAGGCCGAGGGCGUGCUGCGGACGUUGGCGACGGAGAGGCAGGCGCUGCAUCGGCAGAGGCUGCUGUGGUGCUUUGUUGGGAUGCCCAUUACGGCGCCGUUGGGGCUGGUGCCUGUAGUCCCGAACAUACCCUUCUUCUACCUCGUCUACCGCGCCUGGUCCCACUGGCGAGCCAUCAACGGCGGCAAACACGUCCAAUGGCUCCUCCAGAACAAGCUCGUCCAGCUCUCCCCCUCAAAAGCACUCGACCAGCUAUACACAAAGGAAGGCCAGGCCCCCAUCGAGGAAGUCUCCGGCAAAGAGCAGAUGCUCAUCACGCAGAAGCAGAUUCGCGACUUUUCAGAGACGCUCAACCUGCCGACGGUGGAGAUUGAGCUGGAGAGGGCGAUAUGGCAGGUUGAGAGGGAGUUGGAGAAGGGGGAGCAAGACGGGAAGCAGCAGACCGAAAAGUCGGAAGAGAAGGACAAGAAUUCAUGA